AACUAACCUAAAUAAAAUAUGGCAGAAAGGGAUAAAUAAAAAGCUUUGAUUGUUGAUAAAUUUUAUUAGUUUAUAACAUCAAAGAGGAAGCAUGGCAAAUGAUACAAAUCAUUCGGCGCUAACAUCAGAUGUGUAUUUCCUCAUCCAGCGAUUUUUGUCUGCUGGGGUACUCAAGCGGACUUUGCAGGUCUUCAAUGAGGAACUUGAGGAGAAUAGAAUUUUGCCAAAAAGAGUUGACUGGGAAGGAAAGGAACAUGAACGGACUGUGGAGGAUAUGAUAAGACAAUUUUCAAAUAUUCGUCCAGAUUACCUGAUGCACUUAUGCUAUAAAGCUACUGCCAGCACUUCAAGCAGUAAUCAAAAUCUUUCAUUCCUGAGCUUUAAACCAAACAAGUAUACUGCAAACAAUGUAUUAACAAAUUUCAGACAAUUCUUAAGCUACCUCAUUAGGUACCAUGGGGCACCAAUUCAACAAAGUAAUUGUCGUUUCAAUCUCGUUAAUUCUAUUAGAGGAAGAGAAGUAUCAGGACCAUGUUCAAGACAAAAGGCAAUCACACCAACCAUAUAUAAUUCAAUGCGCAUGCAAAGGAUAACCAUUGGUCAUUUAUCUGCUGUCUAUUGCCUAUUGUUUGACCAUUCUGGAAAAUUUAUAAUGACUGGUGCAGAUGAUUUCCUGAUUAAACUGUGGUCAACUUAUACUGGUCGACUAAUUGCUUCAUUUCGUGGACCAUCUUCAGAACUUACUGAUAUUGCUAUAAACUCUGAGAAUACCCUUUUGGCAGCUGGAUCUAUUGAUAGAAUUUUGAGGGUGUGGAGUCUUCAGACAGGAGCACCAGUGGCAGUUUUGACAGGUCACACUGGGAUGAUCACAUCUGUUAAUUUUUGUCCAACACCAUGUUGGGGUGUAAGAUACUUGAUCAGUACCAGUACAGAUGGUUCUGUUGGAUUUUGGACUUAUACCUAUGAUCCUGGAAGCAAAGUGGAAUUUAGGAAUAGUCCCAUAGUAUUCCAGGAGAAAAUGCGCCCUGGUCAAGCACAGAUGAUUUGUUCUUCUUUUUCGCCAGGUGGUUCAUUUCUUGCUUGUGGUUCUGCAGACCACCAUGUGAGGGUAUAUUAUAUGCGUGGUGACGAAGCAGCCCCUCAUAGGGUGUUGGAAGCAGAGGCACAUUCUGACAGGGUUGAUUCAGUUCAGUGGGCACAUUCAGGCUUGAGGUUCCUUACAGGAAGUAAGGAUGGCAUGGCUAUCGUAUGGUGGUUUGAAAGGCAACAAUGGCGAAGCACCUACCUGGAUAUGGCUACGAAGUUACCUGGGUCGAAUAAUGCUCCAGACCCUCCAGACAACUCUAAGAAACUAAAAGUAACCAUGGUAUGUUGGAACAGAAACGAUACUUUGGUAAUAGUGGCUGUCAGCGAUUAUACUUUGAAGCUUUGGACUGUAGGUGGGCAGCUGGUCAAAGUAUUGCCUGGUCAUUCAGAUGAAGUUUAUGUUUUGGAAGCGCAUCCUCAUGACAAUAAUAUCAUUUUGUCGGCUGGACACGAUGGACAGCUAUUUGUGUGGGAUAUCGUCAAGGGGGAAAUUGUCUACAAGUUUCUGAACACGGUAGAAGGUCAAGGCUUUGGUGCCCUUUUUGAUGUUAAGUGGAGUCCAGAUGGAAAUACAAUUGCAGCAGCAGAUUCUCUUGGACAUCUGCUUACAUUUGGAUUUGGAGAUGGAAGUCCUUUAUAUGAACAGCUCCCCAAAGAACUGUUCUUUCACACAGAUUACCGACCGCUAAUGCGUGAUUCCGCACAUCGUGUAUUGGAUGAGCAGACGCAAGUGCCGCCCCAUUUAAUGCCGCCCCCAUUCCUGGUCGACGUAGAGGGCAACCCUUAUCCACCCUAUUUGCAGCGUAUGGUGCCUGGUAGAGAGAUGUGCAAUGUAGAACAACUUGUGCCGAAUGUUGUCAUAGGAAAUGAAGAAGGUACUCAAGAGGUUAUCCAAGAUGUAGGACCAGAGCAUGUCGUCGUACUAGAGCAACAAUUAAAUGGAGAUAUUCGAACUGCAGGGCCUUCGAUCAGGGUUGGACGAAGUAGGAACACAGAGCGGAUAAGACAUAGUACUGGAGAUUGGCAAACGGAUCCAACCAUUGAGUGGAAGAGGAGUAUUUUGGUACCACCUCUGAAGAAAUGUAUCUUAGAUAAAAACAGCGAGCUGAGGGAAGCAUUCAAAGAUGCAGAAAUGGAGGAGUAUCAAAAGCAGCUGAGGCAGAGACCACAUAUGAUUAGCAUCAAUACUUCCAGCAACAUAAAGAAACGUGAUGAGAAGGACAAACGGAAGAAACCUCGCAAUGGUACUAGUACAAGAGCCAAGAAGCCGCGAUAUGAGUACAAGGAAGACGAACCGGAACCGGAGUCUUCAGGUAAAGAAAUGUCGGAGUCCUCGGGCUAUUCAGAUUGGAUGGAAGAGGAAGGUAUCGAAAAACCAUCAAAACGUAGCAGUAAGAGACGGCAGAGGACAAAAACCAGACGCGCAGAGACUGACGACGAUGAAGAUGACGAUGAUACGGAUGAGAACGAAACUACGAGUGAUGAUGAGUUAGUAUUGGAGAGAUCUAAUAGUAGUAAAGAAUCAAAGUCGAAAAGGAAAAAGAGAGAUGUCAGGAGAAACGCCUCAGCUGGAGAAGGGACAAGUAGAAGAAAUAAUGCUACGACGUCUGCAAUUGAAAGUCCUAGUUGUAGCAGUAGUAGCACUAGGUCUUCCAAGCAGCAAUCUUCGGUUCCAAAACCCGCCCCGUCCAUCCCAAAUCACACACAGCCUUCGACAAGCAGCGGUACGACAGGUGGCUCUUCAUCCAAAAACGGUACAGCCCCCAGAGGUGGUGCAUCCAAGCAGAAAGGUUCCGAAGCGUAUCGGCUUAGCGAGUGGCUAUCUGAGACAAGGCCUCGCAAAAGCCCCUACUACCCGCAAAUGGGGGACGAAGUGGUGUACUUCCCCCAAGGACAUCAUUUAUAUUUGGACGCUGUCGAGAGGAAUAAGAUAUACGAAGUUAGCGUGAAUGAUCUGCCGUGGAAUAAGAUUAUUAUUAGGGACCAUGAAUUUGCUAAAGUUAUAGGUAUUCAAUACGAAAUUAAACCACCUAGGUUGUGUUGCUUGAAACUAGCCUUAUUAGAUGAUGAAGGAAGAAUGGUUGGCAAGGUUUUUACUGUAAAAUACCAUGAUAUACCAGACGUUUUAGAUUUCAUCAUACUGAAACAGAUGUAUGAAAAUUCUAUAUCUAGGGAUUGGCAAAUUGGGGACAAGUUUAGGUGUAUGAUAGACGACGAAUGGUGGAUAGGUAAUAUAACAAACAAGUCUCCAUUUAGUGAACAGUACACAGAUUCGGCGUUUAUGUGCUAUGAAAUAGCUUGGAAUAAUGGAGAGCAAGAGAGAAUGAGUCCAUGGGAUAUGGAACCUAUAGACCCAGAACGAAUGCCAGAAGACGAAAGUCAAUCGGUGCCAGUAUUGGAGAGUGAGCUGGCGUCUAUCCUUUACAGAACAGUAUCAAGCGAUUGGCCAAACGGUGAUCGAGAUUUAGUUACAAAACACAUACUGGCAGGCUUAACCAAAGUGAUGGAAUUGGCGAUAGCUGAACCAUUUUUGGUUCCGGUAGAUAUCAAUGUAUAUCCAACAUACGCGAAAAUAAUAGAAUACCCAAUUGAUCUCUCUACAAUCAAAACCAGGUUUGAAAGUAAUUUUUAUAGGAGAUUGACUGCAGCUCAAUUCGAUAUACGGUAUUUGUCUACAAAUGCGGAAAAGUUUAACGCAAGGCAUAGUGUAAUAGUGAGAAACGCUCGUAUUGUGACGGAAUUAUGCCUUAGGAUAGUCAAGAAUUCUGCGGAUUAUGUAGAUGUCCGUAGCAUGUACCAUCAACUGGUAGAUGGCUACCAUUCCUCUGAGACAGACGAAGAAGUAGAAAUAGUACCUGCGACUAGCAGAAAGCUGAGAAAUCUGUCGUGUCGAAAUUUGAGAGAUGCCAGCGACUGGAAGGUGCAAGCUGGAAAUCUGAUUGAUGCCUUGUGGGACUGUGAGGAUUCCAUUCCUUUCAGAGCGCCUGUGAAUUCAGUGAAGUAUCCAGACUACCAUGCUGUAGUGAAAAAUCCUAUGGAUCUUGGAACUGUAAAAAUGAACUUGUCUAGGGAUAUGUAUGCUGUUCCUCAAGAGUUUUGUAAAGAUAUGAGACUGAUUUUCCAGAACUCUAGGUUAUACAAUACCAAAAAACGAUCUAGGAUAUAUGUAAUGACUGUUCGUCUGUCCGCCAUUUUUGAAGAGCACGCCCAAAAGAUUAUCGAAAAUUGGGAAGCACUCAGGCGACAAAGGAACGCAAGAAGGCGAUUGACAUCAUCAGCCGGUAGUGACAUGUCUUCGGAGCAGUCUCAAUCGAGCGGCGAGCAAGUUGAUGUAGACAAAUUAGAGGCAGAGGAGGGAGAAGCAAUAGUGACUGAGGAAAAUAGCGAUAGUGAUGAUGAUGUACCUUUGACUGUGUUUAGAAGUAAAACGAAUACGACAGAGUCUGACUUGGAAGAUACAAGCCAAAGCACAGACAAAAUAGCGUCGUCGACUCGACAGAGGAGAGCACGAAAUACAGAGUCUGAAGACGAUGAGUACAAUCCUGGUGUGGGCUAUUCAACUCGAAGGAGGAACCAAAGAGACAUAUCAACGUCAGAUGAGGAGGAGGUUUCCUGUACUAGCGAAGAUAGUAGGACGAGUAGAAAAGCGAACUUGAGGAGGAGGCCGAAAAAGAAGACUUUGUUGUACGAAAGUUCAGAUAGUGAUAAUGAUAAGAGGAAAGGGACCAGAAGGGAAAGGGAUCCACUUACAAAUAGUGAGUCCGAUUGUGAAGAUCCUAAAGGCAGUGGGUUCCUUAGUGUGAGUAGUAGAGGUAGGGUGCGGAAGCUUACAGAACGGGCGAAAGCCCUUUUUAAAAAAAGGUAGUGAACUAUCAAAUGUGUUCAUAUAUGUUAAGAUUGUUAUGUGAUAGGAUUUAAUUGUAUUGUACAUUUUUUAGGAAUACAUUUUUAUUGUAAUUUUCUGUUGAUAAUACUUAUGUGUUAAGCAUCUUUUUACAUUGAUUUGUUAUUUUUUUGUGUGAAUGUUAACUUCACACUGCUAGUUAUGAUGGAUAGCAAUAUGCAAUUUUCUACAUAUUCUACAAACAUAAUCAUGUGUGCAGAAACAACAUUUUUAGUUUGAAAUAAAAUUGUUCACCUGUUAUAAAGAGAAAAAAAUAAUUUUCUACAUAUUGUACAAAAUACUAUUUAUUAAAUGGUUCGGAACUUACAUAAGGCUG